AUGGACGAUGUCAUACGGUGCAUGCCAUUUUCGCUGCCUCCACGUGUUCAUGUGAUUAGCGACUGUGGUCGUUUACACAUUCAAAUGCAGUGUGAUCAUAACGGAAUCAGCAAUAUGAACAGAGUAGCACUUGUAGGGAUCAGUUAUGGAGUGGUGACUCCUGAAGCUUACUGGAAAUCUGUGCUGCCAAACAGUCAUAUGCCCAAAGCAAUCAAGGAUCUUCUAUACACUCCAGCAGAAUGGACGGAAGAUAAGAGCACCGCGGUGGGAGUCGGCAAAGGCGGUGUGGCAGUUGACACCCGAAAACCAGGGAAAGGAACCCAUGUAGGUGUCGAAAAAGGUGGCGUGGCGGUGCACACCGGAAAACCUGGGAAACGCACCGAUGUCGGUGUCGGGAAAGGCGGCGUGGGGGUGCACACCGGAAAACCCGGGAAAGGCACUGAUGUCGGUGUCGGGAAAGGCGGCGUGGCGGUGCAUAGCGGCCACAAAGGGAAGCCGGUUUACGUCGGGGUUCAUCCCGGAGCGAAUCCAUUCAAUUACCGUUAUGCUGCAUCCGCGGAUCAACUCAAGGAUGAUCCAAAUGUAGCAUUGUUUUUCUUGGAGAAAGACUUGCAACAAGGCAAAGAAAUGAACUUACAUUUCACAAAAAACACAAACCAAAAAUCAACCUUUUUACCUCGAAAAGUUGCCGAUUCGAUACCCUUUUCGUCAAACGAAAUCCCGCAAAUCUUUAAAGAUUUCUCGAUCAAACCCGACUCAAUGGAAGCAGAACUCAUGAAGCAAACACUUAUCGAAUGUGAGAAUAAGGGAAUCGAAGGCGAGGAAAAAUAUUGCGCGACUUCCAUGGAGUCGAUGGUCGAUUUUAGUACCAACGAAUUGGGGAAGAAAGUGAAAGCGAUCUCGACGGAGGUGAACGCAAAGAAAAGCACCCCAUUACAAAAGUACACGAUCGCGGGUGCCAAGAAACUCGCGGCAGAUAAAGCGGUGGUUUGCCAUAAGCAAAACUACGCGUAUGCCGUGUUUUAUUGCCACAAAACCGUCAGCACUCGAGCGUAUUCGGUUUCGUUGGUGGGUGCGGAUGGCACCACCGCGAAAGCGGUGGCGGUGUGCCAUACCGACACCGGAAAAUGGAACCCGAAACAUUUGGCGUUUCAAGUACUUAAAGUGAAACCAGGAAGUGUUCCAAUUUGCCAUUUCUUACCUGAAGAUCAUGUUGUUUGGGUUCCAUAUUAAUAAAUAUAGCAGCAAAACACAUUAUAUAUUGAUAUAUAUAUAUAUAUAUAUAUACACAUACACACACACAUAUAUAUAGUGUGUGUGUGUGUGUGUUUUCAAGAAUCUAUAUGGUGUAGCAUUCAAGGGUAUUUAUGAAGGAGUUGUUGUAACCUUCUUUUGUGUUGGUUUAUCAGUAUUUGUAAAGGUUAUAAAUAAAUACUCUUUUGUUAA